UAUGGUGCACCAUCAUCAUCGUCGCCGCGGCCUCCAGGCGAGCCACCACUGUGUCAUCGGGAGACGCGCAGGCACGUGCGCCUCGUUCCUUCAUAUCUUCUUGUUAAUCCUCGGCCUUUGGCUGCCCGUACUCGAUAACAGUGGCUUCGCCCUGGCGUGCGGACCCGGUAGGGGCGGCGGCCGACGGCCGAACCAGAGGAAGCUCACUCCCCUAGUUUUCAAACAGCAUGUGCCAAAUGUCAGCGAGAACACUUUGCCAGCAAGCGGACUCAGCGAGGGGCGAGUGUCUAGAUAUGAUCCCAAGUUCCGAGACCUGGUACCCAAUUACAAUAUGGACAUCGUCUUCAAAGACGAAGAAGGUACCGGCGCCGAUCGUCUCAUGACACAGAGAUGCAAGGAGAAGCUCAAUACCUUGGCAAUCUCAGUGAUGAACCAAUGGCCAGGGAUAAAGCUGAGGGUGACUGAGAGCUGGGAUGAGGAUGGCAAACACGCGAUGGAUUCCCUGCACUACGAGGGACGAGCCGUUGAUGUGACAACGAGCGAUCGAGAUCGCGCAAAGUACGGAAUGUUGGCGAGGCUCGCGGUUGAAGCUGGUUUCGACUGGGUCUACUACGAGGCUAGAUCGCACAUUCACUGCUCCGUUAAAUCUGAUUCAUCUUCAGUGGGCAAGUCUGGCGGCUGUUUUCCCGGAAAAAGUCUGGUCAGAACAGAGAAUGGCGACGCAAAGAGAUUGGACGAAGUGAGGCUUGGCGAACGUAUCGCCGCCCUGGAUUCCCGUGGAGACGUUGUGUACAGCGAGGUGAUCGCCUUCCUGGAUCGUUCACCGUCCGAGAGGAGACAGUUCAUCCGUCUGACGACGAAGUCCGGCCGAGUGUUAACGUUGACUCCGGCGCAUUUGGUGCCAGUGGAGGGUCGGUCGUCAGUGUUCGCCGCUAAGGUGCAACCUGGUGACAGGAUCCUCGUGAACGACGUCGCGGCAAGCGUGGAGGACGAUAACCGGGUGGAUAACCGUCUGCGAUGGGACAGUGUGGUCGAGACAAAGCUGGUUCUCGAAGAGGGAGUAUUCGCGCCGCUGACAACGGAGGGUACUCUCGUAGUGGAUGACGUAGUGGCGUCCUGCUAUGCCGUCGUCGAUAGUCAAUCGGUGGCGCAUUAUGCCUUCCUGCCACUGAGGAUCUGGAAUGCCGUGACGUCUGUUUUCACGGGAGGACUCGACGAUAUGCGACACCUCGAGAUCAGACAGAACGACACCAGUAAAGUCCAACCGACAGUAAAGGAAGGCGUGCACUGGUACGCGUCGAUGCUGUACUCGCUAUCCUCCUAUAUGUUGCCAUCGACGAUGCUGUACAAUUAAAAACGUCAAGUCAACGUGUCUUGUCAAGUGUCGAGUGACUCCCUGAAGAACUCGAAUGUAAAUGAUGUAUUUUGGCGGUUUAAUGUGCUGAUGAAACAUUGUCAAAACUUCUUGUUGGAAUUUUCUUUUUUAUGAAUUAUUAUUCUGUGUGGAUCGUGAUUAUAUACAUGCGUUAUAUAUACAUACGUGUUACGGACACGCUUGACGUGUCGUCAGAAAUAGUAAUACCUAAUUGCAGGAGUGACGUUUCCCCUACAAGAAGAGGUGUAUUUAAUGAAACACAAAAUAAAAGACUUUGUAAACGAGAGAUAUGAAGAUGGCCAGUGAUCUACUCGUGUUCACCGAAUGCCGUGUAGUAUACUCUAUAAGAGCUGUAGGACAUUAGAGAAAUAGGUGAAAACGAAGCUUUAGGAAGAAUCAGAGAAAGAUUUUUCUCUUUAUACCUUAAGUGUGUAUAUAAUGCUGGUAUAUAAAUAUAUAUUUUGUUCCUCUUAUGCACACGCGCACAAAAGAGAGAAAAAAAGAGAGAAAGUACCUCCGCAAAUUGUUCGACAUACGUAUCCGUGUUUAAUAUCUAAAAAAGAUUGCGAUGUAUCGCGCGUAGAAAAUGUAUAAAAUAAUUAUUA